AUGUAUCCUUUUCUUUCUGGCCAAAAUUUUUCAACAUCACUUCCACAAUUUGGAAAUGACCCGACACCAAUAAAUGUUCAAGAAUCUCCACUGUCACAAUUUUCUACUUUUAAUAGUAGAGAAGUCAUAGAUUUGAAUGAUAAUAGCAUUGAAGUUGAAGAUAUACGAGAAAAUAGUGUUCAAUGGAAAUGGGAGGAAGAUAAGCUUUUAAUCAGUGCUUGGUUAAAUGUCUCAAUUGAUCCACUAACCGGUACAGAUCAGAAGGGUGAAACAUUUUGGGAAAGGAUUCGUCAAUAUUGUGAAGAAAGCGAUCAUGGUCUUAUCAAAAGAGGGGUUGUAGCUAUAAGAAAAAGAUGGCAACGAAUCAAUGAAGGGGCUCAAAAAUAUGGAGCAUGCUUUGAGAAAGCACAGAAAUUAAUUGGAAGUGGCUCAAAUAUGGAUGAUAUAAUAGAGAAAGCCCAUAUUCUCCACAAAGAUACAUAUGGUAAGAAAUGUAACUUUGAUAAGCAUUGGAGUGAGCUUCGGAGGCAACCAAAAUGGAGAACUCCUACAACAAAUAGCGGGAGUACAAAGAGAACUAAAUUAAGUGAUUCUGGAGCUUAUUCGUCAUCAGCUAACAAUGAGACACCAGAUGACAAUAAUAUUGUGGAAUCCCCGGUUCAUCCUAAAGGCACAAAAGCUGCAAAGAGAAAAGCAAAGGGAAAGAAGAAAAUCGUGGAUGUGGAUGCUGAACGCUAUGAAGAAAUGACAGCGGUUCAAUGUAGGAAGCUAUCUUUAUUGGAAGAAUUUAACAAAAAUCAUGAAAAAGAAAUGGACUUAAAGAUCAUUAUGGCAGACACAAGUAUAAUGACUGAAGCUCAACGUGAAGUGCAUGCAUCGCUGGUUGAAGAAAUAAGAAGGAAAAAUAGGAAGUAA